GAUAACACACGUUUUAAAAUGAUUAGAUCAUAAAUUUAUUCCUGAGAUGAUUAUGUCCGAUAUUCUUUUCCUUGUCCAGCGGAUGGUUGUUGCCUCAUGUAGACGCAAAGCGGUCGCGUAGAAAGAAGGCAGCCAUCUUGAAUCAGGAGCCAGUGGCCGAGCCAUUGCACGAAUAUCUCCUUAAAAAUACUGCGCCUUGUAGUAUGAUACUGAGAGUCCUGAGGAGAAAGGCGUAGGAUGGCGGACAAAAGGAAAUUGCAAGGUGAGAUCGAGAGAUGCCUGAAGAAGGUCAGUGAAGGUGUAGAAACCUUUGAAGACAUCUGGCAAAAGGUGAAUAAUGCAACCAACUCCAACCAGAAGGAGAAAUAUGAGAACGAUCUUAAGAAAGAAAUCAAGAAACUGCAGCGGUUGAGAGACCAGAUCAAAACAUGGGUAGCAUCAAACGACAUCAAGGACAAAAGGCAGCUGCUUGAGAACAGAAAACUCAUUGAAACACAAAUGGAAAGAUUUAAGGUGGUGGAAAGGGAGACCAAAACGAAAGCGUACUCAAAGGAAGGGUUGGGGUUGGCGCAGAAAGUAGACCCUGCGCAGAAAGAGAGAGACGACACAAUACAGUGGUUAACGGAUUCCAUUGAGAGACUAACUCUGCAGGUGGACCAGUUCGAGAGCGAGGUCGAAGCUGUCCAAGCAUCAUCCAAGAAAAAGAAACUCGAUAAGGAUAAACAGGGAAGAGUAGAUGAGUUGAAAACCUUGUUGGAGAGGCAUAGGUACCACAUCAAGCAGUUGGAGACGCUCUUAAGAAUGUUGGACAACAGCGCGGUGGAGGUAGAACAAAUAAAAAACAUCAAGGACGAGGUGGAGUACUACAUUGAGGCAUCACAGGAUCCCGACUUUGAGGAGAAUGAGUACCUAUAUGAUGAUUUUGAUAUGGAAGAAAUGGGUAGGUAUAACCAUGGACUAGAAGACCCUGAGAAGAACCUAGGUACAAUCAUCGCGACGUCGCCGUCAGAGAUCGGUGGCUUGAUGUCGGACGAAGUCUUCGACAAGGAGAAGGCGAAUGCGGAACAGGCGGUGGAGCUGUCCAACUCGAGCUCACCCACGCCAAACAGUCCCAGCACCAACCAUUCCAAGGAGAAGGAUGACAAGAAGGAGAGAAGCAAGUCAACAGAUGAGCCGGUCAAACCUGUAGCAACGAGAUCAUCCUCGUUGCCAAGCUCCUCAUCAACAACAACAACUGCAAAUGGCAGCAAGACUCCCAGCAAAUCUGCAAGCAUUUCGUCGUCAGCAAGCAAUCACAUUGUAGCGACGCCCCCUGCUGGCCCGGCGUAUGCUGCAGCGGCAGCAGGGCAAACCAGUACAGGGAGCGGUAGUCAGUUCCCAAUCCCCCCUCCCCCCUCUGGUUCAGCAUAUGCUGCCGCAGCUGCCGCCACUCCCCCCCACAGUGCCGCCUCUCUCAUCUCAGAAAACAGUAACCACUCGUCAGUGCCGGCAUGGUCGUCUGUCACAGCACACCACAAUGAGACGUCAUCAUCAGGUACAGCGCAGCAGCCCAGGCCACCCGUCACACCGCCAACAGCCAUCUCGAAACCGCAGCAGAGAAUACCAGAUGGGCAGCUAUCAGAAGCAACAGCAAACAGCUUGAACCACUCGCAGGGCUCCGUCCCAAGUAGUGUUGCGCCCACGCCGCCCGUCAACUCUGCGCCAGGUCCCAUCGUCAGCCAAACAUCCACCCAGAUGACCAUUGCUGCUAACAGUGUUACCUCAACCAAAGACCUUGCAUCGCUUGGGCUGGCCAACAUGUCGUCAGCAUCAACAACGUCGUCCACGAUGUCCGCGCCCUCGACACCCGGCAAGUCGGAACCACUCAUGAACGGGCCGUCCUCGCUCAACGCUGCCGAGUACAAGUUUUCACAGAUAACCACCAAUUUGCUGUUCCUUUUCGGACAGGACCAGCAAUCGUCGGAAUCUAUGACAUCGUUGAAAAGUAUGGCGGAGAAGGCCGUGGUAAACGCAGGGUUGGAGGAACACUUACAGACACAGCAGUUCAGUACGGAGGAUUCAGGAGCUUUCAGUAGCGGUAGUGCAGUACCCACAACACCAACCCUAUCAGAUUCUGGCAGGCUAGCAAAGAUCUCAUCCCUCUUUAGCAGUACAACGACAACAACAACAGACUCACAGGCCCCUGUCCAACCCCCGCCCACCACAGAAGCCCACCUGCAGCCCAUCCUUGGGGUGGCGCCCCUGGGUCCCGUCCCACUCAGUAAGGACAAUGUGUACGGUCUGGGCAUGCUGGAGGCGUCCUACCAUCACAUGCCCCACCCGUCAGACUCCGAAAAACUAAGAAAGUCAAGAGGAUUAUUGGUCUCUGUUGUUUCCAGACAAUACUUGCCUAGAAAUCCGUGCCCAACACCGCCUUACUACCCCCAGCACCCGUUGCCUCACUCUGACAGCCUUGAGUUCUUCACCAGACUCUCCACCGAGACGCUCUUCUUUAUUUUCUACUACUUAGAGGGUACGAAGGCUCAGUACCUAGCAGCUAAGGCAUUGAAGAAGCAAUCGUGGAGGUUCCACACCAAAUACAUGAUGUGGUUCCAGAGGCAUGAGGAGCCCAAAACAAUCACUGAUGAGUACGAACAG